AUGGGUUCUUGUCUGGGCAAAAAAUCAUCGUCGACUAUCCUGGAAGCAAUACAUCCAACUGCAAUAAUUCCUGUAACUGAUUCUACCACUUCCAUAUCCACUUCUACUGCAAUCAUCAUUGAUCCAUCAACCGGAAAUCAUAUUAAAACAAGUUGUGCCACAACGGCAAAAUUAUCCAACGCUAGUCCGCCUCUGUUUGUGGCCUUAUUCGAUUACGAUGCACGAACGGACGAAGAUUUAAGUUUCAAGAAGGAUGAGCUAUUGUACAUACUGAAUGAUAUGCAAGGCGACUGGUGGUAUGCUAAGAGUAAAACGACCAAUUUAUCUGGUUAUAUUCCAUCCAACUAUGUUGCUCGGGAGAAAAGCCUGGAUGCAGAAGCGUAA